GUUGGCGAAAUUAAGAAGACAUAGUGUUAUGCAGCAAGACGGACCGAAUCCUGCAACCGAACAUAGCGACCUGUCUUUAAGAGCAAGCUACAAAAUAGCGCUCAAAAUUGCAAGAGCGAAUAAGUCUUUCAGUGAUGGUGAUUUCAUCAAGGAGUGUAUUGUUGUGGUGGCAGAACUCUUGACACCACUGGAAGUAAAGAAGUUUAGUGAAAUUAGUCUUUCCAGACAGACAAUAGCUCGCUGCAUAGCUGGUAUGGCAGCGGAUGUCUACAGGCGGUUAAUUGAUAGUGCCUGCAAGUUUAUUGCAUUCUCGAUUGCUUUGGACGAGUCGACCGACAUUUCGGACACGGCAAAACUAGCGAUUUAUGUUCGUGGAGUCGACACAAAUUUGCACGUGACGGAAGAACUGUUAGAUUUAGUACCAAUGAAAGACACAACGAGGGGUACCGACUUGCUAAAAGCAGUUGAAGAGGCAGUUGAAAGCCAUUGGCCUGAAUUGGAAAAUGUUGGUUUCAGUCACCACGGGUGGAGUGCCAGCAAUGCGAGGGGCCCAAAAUGGGCUUCUAGCAUUGUUGCGUAAAAAACUAGGACGAUUGACAGAAGAUUUGUACGGAAUUCAUUGUUUUGUACACCAAGAAUCUCUUUGUGCUAAAUAUGCAAAUUUGGAGCACGUGAUGAAGUUGGUAGUCACCAUAGUAAAUUUUUUGAAGUCUCAUGGCUUAGUACACCGUCAGUUUCAACAGUUUCUCAUGGAACUGAAUGAAGAGUACGGAGGUGUUAUUUACCACUGCAAAAUAUGUUGGUUAAGUCGAGGGGCAUGCCUCGAAAGAUUUUUCAAUUUAAGACGCGUUAUUGUUGAGUUCCUGAAGGAAAAAGGAAAGGAGAGCCAAAAUUAGAAGAUCUGAAAUGGAUUGCAGACCUUGCCUUUUUAGUUGAUCUGACUGCACACUUAAAUGCUCUCAGUAAGACUUUGCAAGGUGAGAAGCAGCUUAUUUCUGAUCUGAUGGAAAAAGUGGAUGCAUUUAAUAAGAAUCUCGCAUGUGCUUCACUUAGAGAUGACACACAAAAUGGAAAUACUCACUGGAUCGCCACAUCUUCUUUGUCAUAAGAAACUGCAAGGAAAAAAUAAAGUGAGUGAUAACAGAUUAUAA